UUGGGCCGGCCAAUAUGCCAAAAUGCGAAAUUCCGAAAAGGCCGAAAAGCAAUGCGAACGGGGAAGCCAAAGCGAGAGGACUUCUUCGCCGCCGUCUUGGCCGUUAUUAAUCAUUGUACAUUUGGCUGUCCUGUCAACGAAAAAGGCCGCGAAUUUCGCUAGAGCUGGAGCGAAAGAGAGAGCACGCUGGAGAAAGAGAGAAGGACAGAAAGAGAGAGAGAGAGAGAGAGAGAAAGAGCGACUACUCACGCACACCUACGGCCACGUAAAAGAAACAAAAACGACAACUACAACUACAACACCAGCAGGACAGACUGACCAGCACACAACCACCACCACCAACGUUUUUACGUAUGUGUGAGUGAGAACGAUAUGCCGCAUUUCGUGGACGUGCGACUUUAAAUUUCCCGUGACGUCGCCGCCGCCGCCGCCGUUGCCGUCGUCGCCGUGCGGAAAUUCGCCGCGCUAAAAUCAAAAUUCACUCAAGUCCGCCGCGGUAGUUUGUCGCCGCACGCUAGCCCAGCCGCUCAGGUUCGCACAGCCACGUCACAGUCGCAGCGCCGCAAAGCGUCACAAUAUCACAAUAUCCUUCGACGAGCGCGAGAGAGGUCGCCGCACCGCAUGUCCAUGUCCUUUCGCUGAAAUUCGCACGCCAAAUAAUCGCAUAAAGUGUUCGCUUGUGUUUCCCGUUUAUCCUCGAAACAAAAAAAAAAACGAAUCCAAACAAUAACAAUAACUGCUAUCCAUGUGAGCUACAUAUAUCGUGAAUUUAAUAUCGCUGGUCGAAAAAUAAACAAGAGUAAAUAGCUGUGCUAUCCGGACUCAUUAGGCCAACACCGGAAAAUCUCCCGCCUUCGCUGGAAGAAGGCCCAGAUCACAUUUCGCCCCGGAAGUUAAUUUAAAAGGCGCCAAGCUGUUCGACAACGGCCUCAAGUUGGAUAUUUCCAGCUACCCCCACAUGAACAUCCGCAUGGGCACCAAGGGCAAACGGCCUUUGCGCAGCCUGACGCCACGUGACAAGAUCCAUGCCAUCCAGAGGAUCCACGAUGGCGAGUCCAAGGCCUCGGUGGCCCGGGACAUCGGAGUGCCGGAGUCCACUUUGCGUGGAUGGUGCAAAAACGAGGACAAACUGCGCUUUAUGUCCAGGCAGUCCACCACGGACAACCUGUGCGCCGACGCCUUGGCCGAUAAAUUGGAUGUCUCCGGGGGAGGAGUUGGAGGAGGAGGAGGAGGAGGAGGAGGAUUGCUGGGUCCCCCGGAGAAACGGCAGCGAUUGGAUGCCGCCCUGCCCCUGAACUUCUCCAACAAACUUAAGUUCGACGAGCUGGCCUUCAAGCGAUCACCCCUCAAUGGUCUGGACUACAGUACAAACAAGAAUCUGGCCGAGUUGGGCUACAAUGGCCUGCCCGUGGACUAUGCGGCCUUCAAUGGUGGCGUAGUGGGGGCGAAGGGCAAGGUCUUUGGGGCCGACAUCAACAGACCAGCCACAGCAGAUCCCUCCCUGAAUGCCAUCAGUCCGCUCUCCAGUCUAACGCAUCUGUCGGGUCUCACGGGCAUCUCACAGUCCCCGCUGGCUAUCAGUUUCAACGAGCUGACCACCAACCUCAACCUGCUGGCCCAGCUCAAUCCGGGUCUGGCGGCCAUGUCGGGUUUGAGUAGCUUUCCGGGUGCCGCUGGUGCUGGUGGCUUGAGGAACCCCAAGCCAAGUGGACAAAGUCCCAGGAGUGAUAGUGGAGAUCGCACUCAAUCGGGUUUGUCGGUGAAGAACUGGGCCAAACAGAAGCCAGGGGAAGCAGCCCAGGGCAGCCUUAAUCUGAGCAUCAAGAACGAGGUCAAGGGGGGCGAUAUCAAGAGUCCAAGUCCCUCGAUUGCGCCCUCUCAGUUGGGCGGACCCAUGACGCUCUCCAAUCUGGCCGAGGAUCCCUUACUCUACUGGCUGAAAUCGCAGCAGACCAUGUUGGGUCUGAAUCCCCUCUAUCCGCCCAGCAUACCAAUGGGCGUGACCAGUCCUCCGAUACGCUCCUCCACGCCGCAGCAUCACAUGAACCAGCUUGCCCAGACGCCGCCCAUACCAUCGGCCCCACUCACGCCCUCGUCCACGCCCUCGGGAAGUCUGGACGAGAAGAAUGCGGCGUGGUACAACUGGUGCAAGGCCUUCGGGGCCAGUCUGCACACCCUCAAUCCCAAUGCAGCCACUCUGGCCGCCCUGCAAGCCAAUUCCAUGCAACAGCAGGUGGCCAACUCCACAGCUGAGGGAGAUCCCUCGAAUAUUCUGUAUUCCCAUCUCACCAAGGAGACUGAGACGCCUUCGGUGAGAAGUCUAUCCUCCAAUGAGCAGAAUGCCGAAGCGGAUGAGGAACUGGGCGACUCUGGCGACCCAGAUGCCCGAGAAGCGGAGGUCGAGGGCUCCGGCAAGCCAGAGGAUCUGUCUUCCGCCGGCAAGGUGAUGACACCCUCGCAAAGUCCCCUGGCAAAUUCAGAAUCAAUGCCAGCCAGCAGCAGUAGUCCCAAAAACACCGAGAAGAUCCUAGACAAUAUGCUGUUCAAGAUGGGUGGCAGCGAAUCGGAGGGCAGUUUUCAGAACAACAACGAUGUGAGUGCCAGCAAUAAUAAUAACAAUAACAAUAACAACUCCAACAAGACGGACGAGGAGGAGAAGGCCAAGUAUCUGGACUGCACAGGCGAUGAGGACACAGAGGCCAUACAUCAUGGUGAGAAAUUUCUGCAGUGGCUGGAGAACUGCAGCAAUCCUCGGGUGACAGCCGUGCAGCUGAUGCAGCUGAGAUUUCUGAUAGCGGCCAUCAAGUCGGGCAACGAGAUGCCGCCAAUGGAGAAGCCCUGCUCCAGGAGUUUGCAGGAGGAGAGCGAGGAUAACAAGGAUAACAAGGAUAACAAGGAUAGCAAGGAUAGCAAGGAGGAGGAGGAGGGCAGUGGCCGCGGCAAGAGUCGCCGUCGCAAAUAGGAAAAGCCAAAGUUGGCGCCCAUGGAGCCAGCCACGGAUACAGAGGAUUACCCAAGCAAUGCGGCCAGGCAGGAUAUGGAUGCGGAUCCCUCCCACAGGAUGCAGCAUGUCUAUGCCCCGGCAGUCUACAGAUCGUCGGCCACCCUACUCAGCUCCCUGUUCUUCCCCCCCUACGAAUUUGUACAUUGUGACCUCGACGAUGAGCCGGAUGACGACUGCCAGAUCACGGGCGAGUACCAGCAGUAUGACGAACUGAGCUCCAGCUCCAGCUAGAUCUUGCCUCCUGGAUCUCCACUGAAUUUAUCUCCUAGCUGUGACAACACCUACUAUCGAGCAUACUUUCAGCCUCUCUUCCAUUCAAUUCAAUUCAAUUCUCAACUCAAUUCUCAACUCAAUUCCAUUGUAUUGUAUUAAUUAAUCGUACGGCUAAUGUGUAUAUAUCGAGAAUCUCUAUUUGUAGCUAUUAUGCAUUUCUUUUUCAAACGGAAAAACAAGCGAUUUUGUUUUAUUUCGGUUGUUUUAUACCCAAUGCAUUCUAGACAAAAUGUUAUAGCCUUUGUUUUUUGUUACGACAACAAACCUUUUCGAACUGCAAUGGUGUGCAUUUGAUAUCAAACGUUUUUAAAUUUCGUAUAUUAUAUUAAUAACUAUAUGGAAAUGUGCUCAAAAGAAUUUUCU